AUGUCGGAGAAGCCAUAUCCGAGCGAGCGGCACCGUUCCAUCGCCGAAAGCUGGAUCGAGGAACGCGACAUGGCCGCUCAGUCGCAAGAAGUUCCACGUCAGAGCUUCCAGGAGGCGCUUGCCAUAACGCCUCUCCCUGCUAGCCAGGACGGCCAUGGCCGUCUUGUCAAGCGGUAUAUGAGCCAGCAGCCCGCCUGGAAGCCCGGUGACGAGCUACCCUGGGAGGCCUUGUUCUCGUCCUUGGAUGGCCCGCGCCCCAAGCAUGGCGGCCCGGGAGUCUUUGGCGGACACGUCUACGCUCAAGCACCUCUGUGUGCCGCGAGAGCUGUCGAGGAGGAGGAGGAGCAGCAGCUCGUGACCAGCAGCAAACCUCAGGGGAAGCUGGGCAUUCAUUCCAUCCAGGGCGUCUUCACCGCGCCUGGUCUCAAGGACCGGCCUUUCGUUUACGAGGUCGCACCGCUCUCCAAUGGACGUUCAUUCUCUGCCCGCAUCGUGAAUGCCCGUCAGACGAAGGAGCCUUCAACAGAACCUCUGGGUCCAUUCCCAGCAUCCGACGCCGAACUCCCUCUCAAGGAUGUUUGCUUCAGCUGCAUCACCACAUUCAAGCGGUCCCAUCCCAUAGUAGAUGACAUUCGACCAACUCAGUCUGCCCAAGAAAUAUACGCCGACAUCCUCUCGACUCGAGCUCCUCACGAGUGGGACCUCAGCCCGCAGACAGAUGUCGACAUCAUCAAGGACCUGUUCCCGAACGCCGGUCACGGAGCGUUUCCGAUCCUCGAUAUGCACAAGGUCGACAUGACCGAGUUCAAUGCUGGAAAGCCGAUUCCCGAGCGCCGCGAGCUCAUCUAUUACCGUCUAAUGAAGCCUCUCGACGAGGACGACGUCAACGCCCACAUCGUGUGCCACGCGUACGAGGCGGACCGGAACGGCCUCAUCAUGUGCGGCAACCACCUGGGGUACGGCUACAACCUCGGCGUUGCGGCAAGCCUGACCUACUCGUUUUACGUGCACGUCAACCCCGAAGAGAUGGUGCUCGACACCGAACGGUGGUGGCUUCAAGAGGUGUCCUGGCCCAGAGUAAACGCAGGGAGGUGCAUGAUGGAGAGCAAGCUUUGGAGUCCCGAGGGGAAGCACGUUGCAAGCGGGUACCAGGACGGCAUCAUACAGCCUGACAAGUUCUCCGGCGGUUACGGCAAGCUCUGA